CUUGUUCGAGUCCCAUCACGCUUGCGAACCUCAAACUUCAGAAUGGUAUUUUACUUGAAGUUUUCUGAACUUCCAUUGAAAUGCUUGAUUUACAAGAUCUGCCACUUGAGGUUUUCCUUCUCAUAAUCAAGGAGGUCGUUCAAACCAUCGGAAUAUACAACGCCGUAUUGCUGCGAUCCAUCAGCCAUGCAUUUAAUACAGCUCUACUCCACGCAAUCUGCAAUAGUCAAGUGGUUGAGAUCGAGGACGAGUCCACACCAGUACUACGAUAUCAGCUGGGACCGAUGUUAAAAGGCAAGAUCAUUGCAAACAAAUCGCGCCGGAUAGGAAUGUCACCACCGAAGCACCUUGCAGUCGUAUCCAAAGUCAAUGCACGUUUGGACGAUGUCAGUCCUUUACAGGAUCAUGAUGCACUAAACGCACGACACGAAGCUGUCGCAAGUGCCGUGUAUCUCAUGCACAAUGGACCCGAAGGCCCAGACAUCGACGCGCAAAAUUUGCUCUGCGGAGCUGUCAUCGCAAAGGACUUGCCUCUUUUCAAGAUAUUACUCGAUAGGAGAAGGCCACUAAAUUCUAGUUUGAGGGCGAGAGAACGCACACCUUAUUUUGACGACCCCCUGUCUCUCGCAGCGGAGCACGACGACGUGGCUAUGGUCCAACAACUUCUUGAUUGGGGUGUUCGUCACGAAGAUCCGAUCCAGAAGUUCCACAUUUCCGACUUUCGAAGAUUGUUCCAGCAACCAGGCAGUAUCGACAUGUUGACGACGAAACAACUCGGCGACUAUGUGGCAAUGCUCGAUGGCGCUGAUCAGGUUUCAUGGCAACUCAACUCCGCGCCUGUACGGGGUCAUACAAGCGCACUCCGCGUCGCGAUCGUCAGAAACAACGACGAGAUCUUCAGCUUGCUCAUGUGCUCAGGAUAUCGCUUACCUGUUGCAAGUGCUGAGUAUGUAGCAGCCAUCGUCGAAUGCGGGAAGCACGGUCGGAUCGAAUUCAUCUCCACUUUGCUCGAGGCAGUAGGAAAGCAGCUCUCGGAGUUCAAAGGCCUUGACUUGAACCUGCUCCAGCGAGCGAUCCACCACAGGCAGGCCAGGCUCUUGCAAUGGCUGCUUGACAAGAAUGUAGAUCUUCUCUACUCUGUCAGCUCUGGGCCUCGGCCAGACAACUCUGCACUGGGCAUGGCAGCACAUACAGGCGAUGUAGCAUGGGCGCUGCACUUGAUCGAGAAAGGUGCAGUAGAUGACGAACCCGGUCGACCGCAUGCUGUACUUGAUGCCGCUGCACGACAGGGCAAUAUCGGUGUUGUUCAGACGAUGCUCGAUGUCUUCAGGACUGUCAAGUGUUUUGCCAGCGAGUGCGCAGAGCAUGCGUUGGUGCGAACGGCAUAUGCGUCUGCCGCCAGGCAUGGACGAUUGAAGCUGACAAGGCACCUGCUGAUGAGAUACCCUGACAUAAAGUCCGCGUCGAAAUGGCGUGGCAGCCGCGCAGGCGGUGCAUUGGACAUGGCCAUAGCAAGCGGCAAUUUGGCAGUCAUUUCGCAGCUGGUAGAAGAGUUCAACGUUGUUGUUGCCGCAGAUGACUUGAGAGAAGCAUGUGGAUGGCAUCCCGGCUAUGUUGCUGAUCACUUGGCCUCGCUCAGAAGAUUAGGGACAACGGACGCGGAUGCCCCGCCACUGCCGUCACGGCCGCACGAUGAGCGGAACGAGCAAUACUGUACUUUCAAAAGCAGGGAUAUUUUUCGCCUUGUGAACAGCUAAAGUGUCGGAGAUGCAUCUUCAUCUAAGCAUGAUCAAGCUCCGGUUUAUGGGCGACAUUCCGCGAAAUGUCAUUGAGAAACCAGAUCAAUCGAGAUGGCGAAGCCGCGAUAUGAGAAUCAAUAAAAA